AGUUUACCUAAUUUGGUCCUAAAAUGUUCGUACUGCUCUCUCUUUGUGUCUACACAAACAACUUUUCGUAAUACUGUUCUAUAUUUGGCAAUUAUUUUUUUUUAACUAAAUAUACACCCGAAGUAACGGAAAACAGGAUGCGUGGCGUUUUCCAAUGCAAUUGCAAUAAACGAUCUUAAAACUAGAUCCCAUACGCGCAAGGCGUAAUGACAUCAGAGUUUGGUUAACAAUUUUAACUUAAAUUAAAAAAUAAGCAAUAAAAUGUUGCAAAUUUGUAUCUUUAACAAAUAUGAAUAUGUACAGUUUUUUAUUUGUUUAAGAUUUUGUACUCGUGUUCUUUUGCUUGCGGCAGGGUUAAGGAAAACCAUGUGUGUUAUUUUGUUCAUCCAUUCGUGACCAGACGCUUCUCUGCUUUUACGAGGGCGUGUUGCUGCGUUUGUAAAAAGCAAAAGUAUUUACAGCUGCUGAAACUUGCUCUACCUGUUGGAUUUGUAGUCUAAGUUGUGCAGUUGCUACAAUAUGGAUCGAGAUUGGUCUAUCGACGACUGGAAUAAAUGGUGGGAAUCUGCUGGUGGAAGGCCAGAUGGUGAAGUUAUUGAAAGCAGUCACCAUCAUGAUACAACAGAUGAUCAAACCGAAGAGGAAGACAUAUACGCUCCAACUGUGAGCGAAAUGCUGAAAAAACACAAGUCACUUAUAAGUGGGGAUGCAGGCAGUGGCUCAAGAGUCUUUCUAACUUUUUGCGGAAAAUCGUUGGACCUAAAAUGGUUAGCAGAUGAAGGAUUCGAUGUAGUUGGUAACGAUUGCUCUGAUUUUGCAUUGAAAAGUUUUCUAGAAGAACAAGGGCUUGAGUACGAUACUUCAAAAUCUGGAGGCUUUACCAUAUACAAAGCGAAAAACACAAAGCUUGCUUUGUACGCUGGCAACUUCUUUGAGCUUACAGGAGAGAAAACAGAAGGGAAAUUCGAUGCCGUUUGGGACACAGGAUCGUUUCAAUCCGUAGGCGUAACGGACCGUGCAACCUAUGCCCGAGCGGUCAGCGGCUUAAUGAAACAAGGGUGUAAGUACCUGCUUAGUGUUACGCAGUUUAAAGAGCUCCGCACCUGGACAGGCCCACCCUACGAAAUCACUGAAGAAAUUUUGGAUGAAAUUUUUGGCGAAAAUAUGAAAUGGGAAUUCGUUGACCAAGCGCCAUGGGGAGAUUACAUGGAGAAAAUCUAUUUGUUACAACUGAGAUAAAUUCUGUACAUUAUGGGUUACAAGGCGCGACAAUUUACUAACGGAAAACUAACAUGAGGCGUGCUGUUCUUCUGGCACGUAGAAUACUGCCGCGGACAGAAACCAACCGGCAGAAUUUAAAAGCUCUCAAAUUUCUGUAAACAAAGGUUCAUGAAAUAUUUAAACUUUUACCGUUUUUUUUUAACAUUUUCCUGUUACAUGUUAAUUGGUUCAAAAUCUAUUAUUGUCACUAUUUUAAAAUUACCAAGAAAACGUAUUUUGUAAAAAAAUGACAUUUGAAUUUAAUGACCCAUAAUUUGUCAUUUUAACCAUCCGCUACAUGGCACACGAGAGCACUAUUGUAUAAUAAUGCUACAAAAAUGCGAGUAUACACAAACCGAAUUGUCAAUAAUUCGGUAAUAAAGGAUUUACGAAAAUAUAUUUUACUUUAUUGUUUU